GGAAAGUUGAGAACGGCCGUCUCCGCACCGUCCGCACCGACACAUCAUCCACAAUGCCGACGCUGCAGGAGACGAUCGACCCGUCGACGCGCACCAAGCGCAUCACCGUCCUUAUCUCGGGUUCUGGCUCCAACCUCCAGGCCAUCCUCGACGCGUCCCUCACCGACCGCCUCCCCAAUGCGCAGGUGACAUAUGUGCUGUCCUCGCGCUCGAACGCGUACGGCCUUACGCGCGCGGCAAACGCCCGUCCCGCUGUUCCCACGAGUGUGUGUGCGCUCAAAACGUUCUUGAACCGCAACCCAGGCGCCACGCGCGAGGACUAUGAUGCUGAGGUCGCCCGCCGCGUCCUUGAAAGCCGCCCCGACGUGGUCGUCCUGGCUGGGUGGAUGCACAUUCUCUCCGACUCGUUCCUCGACAUUCUCGAGGGCCGGAAGGCGCCGCCUGCUGCUCCCGCUCUUCCCCCGCUCACUGGCACCGAGACGUCGCCGAAGCACGUCGCGGCGGCCGACGUCAUCCCCGAGAAGGAGCUUCCGCUCCCCCCGCCCACCCAGCACUUCCCUAUCCCCUGCAUCAACCUCCACCCCGCACUGCCGGGCGCUUUCGACGGCGCCAACGCCAUCCCUCGCGCGUUCGAGGCAUGGAAGAAUGGCGAGGUCAAGUGCACUGGCGUGAUGGUGCACCGCGUCAUCAAGGAGGUCGACCGCGGGGAGCCGCUGAUCGUGCGCGAGGUCGAAAUCAAGGAGGGCGACGAGCUUGCGGACGUCGAGGCGAGGAUACACUCGGUUGAACACGAGAUCAUCGUUGAGGGUACCAAGAAGGUGCUGGAAGAGCUGGAGGCCGAGAUGAAGCUCGAGGGGGCGCGCCAGGCCGUUGAGAAGGUCGCCAUCACGGACGACAAGGAGGCGUAAAGGACAUAAAGGCGGCUCUACAGGGGGCCUCGGCUGAGGUCACAGCGUGGACAUUGUAUAUGGUAAUGCAUCGGGUCAUGAUGGU